CGGCGUCGGCGAGGGAGGCGUGAGGAGGAGCCGGGCUCCUGCAGCCGUUCUCGCCCUCGGCGCCCCGCCGCCAUCUCCACCAUGCAGUCCCGGGAAGACGCCCCGCGCUCUCGCCGCCUCGCCAGUCCCCGCGGCGGGAGGCGGCCCAAGAGGAUCUCCAAGCCCUCGGUGUCGGCCUUCUUCACGGGCCCGGAGGAGUUAAAGGACACGGCCCACUCUGCAGCCCUGCUGGCGCAGCUCAAGUCUUUCUACGACGCGCGGCUGCUGUGCGAUGUGACCAUCGAGGUGGUGACGCCCGGCAGCGGGCCCGGCACGGGGCGCCUCUUCUCGUGCAACCGCAACGUGCUGGCGGCGGCGUGCCCCUACUUCAAGAGCAUGUUCACGGGCGGCAUGUACGAGAGCCAGCAGGCCAGCGUGACCAUCCACGACGUGGAUGCCGAGUCCUUCGAGGUCUUGGUCGACUACUGCUACACGGGGCGCGUGUCCCUGAGCGAGGCCAACGUGCAGCGCCUGUACGCGGCCUCAGACAUGCUCCAGCUGGAGUACGUGCGCGAAGCCUGCGCUUCCUUCCUGGCCCGCAGGCUUGACCUGACCAACUGCACUGCCAUCCUCAAGUUUGCCGAUGCCUUUGACCAUCACAAGCUGCGCUCCCAGGCCCAGUCCUUCAUAGCUCACAACUUCAAGCAGCUCAGCAAGAUGGGUUCCAUUCGGGAAGAGACUCUGGCCGAUCUGACCCUGGCGCAGCUGCUGGCCGUCCUGCGCCUGGACAGUCUGGACGUGGACAGUGAGAAGACGGUGUGUCACGUGGCCGUGCAGUGGCUGGAGGCUGCUCCCAAAGAGCGGGGCCCCAGUGCUGCGGAAGUCUUCAAGUGUGUUCGCUGGGCACAUUUCCCUGCUGAAGAUCAGGACUACCUGGGAGGGCUACUGACCAAGCCCAUUGUGAAGAAGUACUGCCUGGACGUUAUUGAAGGGGCCCUCCAGCAGCUGCGUCUUGGUGAUCGGUUAUUCAAGUCAGUGGCGCCCAAGCCAAACAGCAGCCAGAGCAGCGGUGGGGACAAUAGCGGCAGCAGUAGUUCUGCCGUAACUGUAGCAGAAAACCCACCCCAAAGAUUGGGUAUGUGUGCCAAAGAGAUGGUAGUCUUUUUUGGACACCCCAGAGAUCCUUUUCUCUGCUAUGACCCUUAUUCAGGCGAUAUUUACACAAUGCCAUCUCCUCUGACCAGCUUGGCACAUACUAAGACCAUUACCUCCUCAGCUGUCUGUGUCUCUCCGGACCAUGACAUCUAUCUCGCUGCCCAGCCCAGGAAAGACCUAUGGGUGUAUAAACCAGCCCAAAAUAGUUGGCAUCAACUGGCAGACCGCUUGCUGUGUCGGGAGGGCAUGGAUGUGGCUUAUCUGAAUGGGUACAUUUACAUUCUGGGUGGGCGAGACCCGAUUACUGGAGUUAAAUUGAAGGAAGUGGAAUGCUACAGUGUUCAGAGGAACCAGUGGGCAUUGGUGGCUCCUGUACCCCAUUCCUUUUAUUCCUUUGAACUAAUAGUUGUUCAGAACUAUCUUUACGCUGUCAACAGUAAGCGCAUGCUCUGCUAUGAUCCUAGCCAUAAUAUGUGGCUGAAUUGUGCGUCUCUUAAACGAAGCGGCUUCCAAGAAGCCUGUGUCUUCAAAGACGAAAUCUAUUGUAUUUGUGACAUCCCAGUCAUGAAGGUCUACAACCCAGCUAGAGGAGAGUGGAGGCGGAUUAGUAAUAUCCCUUUAGACUCAGAAACCCACAACUACCAGAUAGUGAAUCAUGACCAAAAGUUGCUGCUCAUCACUUCUACCUCCCCACAAUGGAAAAAGAACCGUGUGACAGUAUAUGAAUAUGAUACUAGGGAAGACCAGUGGAUUAAUAUAGGUACCAUGUUAGGCCUUUUACAGUUUGACCCUGGCUUUAUUUGCUUGUGUGCUCGAGUUUAUCCUUCCUGUCUUGAACCUGGGCAGAGUUUCAUCACAGAGGAAGAUGAUGCACGGAGUGAGUCUAGCACUGAGUGGGACUUAGAUGGAUUCAGUGAACUGGACUCUGAGUCAGGAAGUUCAAGUUCGUUUUCUGACGACGAAGUCUGGGUUCAGGUUGCACCUCAACGAAAUGCACCAGAUCAGCAGGGUUCUGUGUAAAUAUUUUGAGACAGUAAGAUGUUUCUGCUGUAUGUAAUGUAUCUUAAAAUGAUACCCCUUUUCGUGAAAAAGACAAAGUUGAUUAGGACUGGAGAUUUGGUUUAGAAAGGGUAGCAAUUUGAAAUAUUAAUACAGUAUACAAAAUUUAUACAUUUUGACCUGAAAUCAACUCAUUUCAAUAAUUUACUGUGCUAAAAGUCCAUGAUUGCUAAAAGUCCAUGAUUAAAAUAUACAUAGUGAACCAUUUAGUGGAUUUUAUUGUUGCUGUUAAUUAGUAUGUUUAUAUUUUGAUUUUCCUAAUUUAGUUCAAUUUUGCCUAGUGCUACAAGAUCUUGUAAUUUGUUACUAGCAAAACUAGACUGAGAUUGAAGGCAUUAACAUUUUCCUUCAGAAUAAUGAAAGGUUACAUUUUUAAGUAAGUUUUUAUUAUCCUCAGUUAUAAGUUUGUAAAAUUUAGUGUGCUCUCCUUUCUCCAAAGAAGGAAAUGUUAUUACGGUUACUGAAUAGUGAUUUCAUGUUAAUAAUGUGUUCAGUGGGCUUACGCAGUCACAGAAAAUUUUAAAAAUCAGGAUCUCACUUUUCAUAGAAUUUCAGUUUUUACUUUAAAAUUUAAGAAUAUGCAUGUGCUAAAUAUGACCUAUUUCUUACCUCAGAAAUGAAAAAAUCAUAACAUUCUAGUGUCACCAAUUUAAGCACCCUUCUAAACCAAAAGUGAAAAAGGUAACUUGCUGUCUAAAGUCACAGUUUUGACGUUUUGUUGAUUUGGAAGAACAACCUUUUCUUCACUGGACAUGAUUAAAUAAUGUAAAUUUUUCUUCUCUAGUCAUGCACUGUCUUAAAGUUGGUUUGCUUCCCUAAAAUAUUUUGGCUAUAUAGUUUUAGUAUUCAUCUUAGAGGUUUAUCAGCAAAAAGUGAUUUAUUCUUUAAUGUUUGUGAAGUAAUAUUGGUUUUGAAAAUAUGUAUAAGCUAAAGGCAGUAUUUUAUUGAAACUAGUAGUUGUAGUGUUUAUCAGCUCAAUUUAAGUGCCAGCAAAGAACUUUAAACCUUCAAGCUGUGUAUAGAACUGUUUUGUGUAGUAUUGAAAUUGUCCAUUUUCCAAGUUACUGUAAAUGUUCUUGAUUUUUCAGCUCGAAGAUAUUUUUGUAUUAAAAAGUUGAGAGUUAAAGAACUCAAGUGGACGGUGGGUGGCAUUUGGGGCCAUUAGUUAAAGUGUGUUUCUUCAAUUCUCUAACAAUAGUGUAUAUAGCCAUUGAGCUAUGAUGUCUGUACCUAGUUUGUACCUAGUUUUUACGUGAGUUAUACUCGUUUCUGUUUCAGUCACCAUAUGUAAAGGAAAGCCCAGAAAUAGUAAACCACAUAAAACUGGCAUUUUGUUACGUGAUAGGUGCUUACCUUUUGAAGGUUUCUUAAUACAUAUGGUUGUCGUAAUACAUAUACGUGACAAAUGGUGUACACAUACAAAUGUUUUAUGCUGUAUAAAGUUUUCUAUACUCUUUUAGAAUUAAUCUUCCUGAAUCUUUAUUCAAUAACAUUCAAUAUUCCUCUUUAUUCUCUAGUGAUGAAAUGCUAACGUUUUUUACACUCUGGUAGAGGACAGAAGAAUCUGGUCCAGGACGGGAAAGUGAUUUUUUUGAAUGAAAAACAAUAAAAAUAAAAUGAGAAAAGCUAUACAAAAUGCCACAGAUAAUGUAUUCAUCAUUUUGAUUUGGCUGUGUGAAGAGUCUGUUAAACACUCAACAGUAUUUCUGUUGAAGUGAUUUUGCUGACUCUUACAAAGUGUAGUCAGGCUUUAGUAGUCAGGCCUGAAUCUAAAUUCUGUUUCAUCUGUAGCAGGAAUGUUGUAAGAACUGCUCUUAGAAAGCUAUUUUUCCCUGUGUGGGGCCAAUUUUUUCUUCCCCAGAAACUUCUGUUGAUCUGUCACUUUGUAAAGUGGAAACUUGCUAAUGCUCAUCUCAACCAGAUCAUUCAUCUGCACAAUUAAGAUCUGCAAUUGAUGUACAAAAGGCAGGUUCUCUAACUUGUCAUUCUCAUCUCUUGAGUUCUCUUGAGUUAAAGCUUAGGCUGCAUAUUAGUAAUAUCUUGGCUUACAGUCACAUUUUCUUGGGAAGGAUUUUGAUUUAGUGAAACAUUUGUGAAUUAGGGAAUAGAUGCUAUUAUUUUAUAGAUAAAUGAUUUGUAUGUUGAUAGCUACAAAUAAAGCUGGUUUUAAACCUCAGGC